UUCUUCCAGCUUUAUACUUGAGUUACCAUUAUCUUCCACCAAAUUUGAAACGAUGUUUUGCAUAUUGCUCCAUAUUCCCCAAGGACUAUAAAUUUGAAAAAUGGAAAUUAGUGUUGUUAUGGAUGGCAGAAGGCUUAUUAGGUGGCUCUAACGGGGAGAAAAUUAUAGAAGAUUUUGGUAACACAUGCUUUGAAAAUUUACUUUCAAGAUCUUUUUUCCAACGAUCCAUUGAUGAUGAAUCACUAUUUAUGAUGCAUGAUUUAAUUCAUGAUUUAGCACAAUUUGUAUCGGGGAAAUUUUGUUCUUGGUUGGAUGAUGGAAAGAAAAAUCAAAUUUCUAAGCAGACCAGACAUUCUUCUUAUAUUAUUGCAAAGGAAUUUGAACUCUCCAUGAAAUUUAAUCCAUUUUAUGAAGCUCAUAAUUUGCGGACCUUUCUUCCUGUACAUACAGGUCAUCAAUCUCGUCGUAUCUUUUUAAGCAAGAAGAUCUCAAAUCUUUUAUUGCCAACACUGAAAUGCUUACGGGUUCUCUCUUUAGCUCAUUAUCAUAUUGUGGAGUUGCCUCGCUCAAUUGGAACUUUGAAACACCUACGCUACUUAGAUCUUUCUCGUACUUCAAUUAGAAGGCUCCCUGAAUCAAUAACCAACCUUUUCAACUUGCAGACAUUGAUGUUGUCAAAUUGUCAUUCUCUUACUCGUUUGCCCACAAAAAUGGGGAAACUAAUCAACUUGCGUCAUCUUGAUAUUAGUGACACUAGCUUAAAGGAGAUGCCAAUGGGAAUGGAAGGGUUGAAACGUCUUCGAACAUUGACUGCUUUUGCUGUUGGUGAGGAUAGAGGGGCAAAAAUUAAAGAGUUGAGGGACAUGUCACACCUUGGUGGCAGACUUUGCAUUUCCAAGUUGCAGAAUGUGGUGGAUGCUAUGGAUGUCUUCGAGGCUAAUUUGAAAGGCAAGGAGCGUCUUGAUGAGUUAGUAAUGCAGUGGGAUGGCGAUGCUACUGCUCGUGAUUUGCAGAAGGAAACAACUGUGCUUGAAAAGCUACAACCUCAUAACAAUUUGAAAGAGCUGACCAUCGAGCACUAUUGUGGUGAAAAAUUUCCUAACUGGUUAGGCGAACAUUCAUUUACUAAUAUGGUGUCCAUGCAACUCCACGAUUGUAAAAAUUGCUCAUCCUUGCCAUCGCUAGGGCAACUUGGAUCUCUCAAGGAGCUCUCUAUUAUGAGGAUUGAUGGAGUGCAGAAGGUGGGACAAGAGUUCUAUGGGAAUAUUGGGUCUUCUUCGUUUAAGCCAUUUGAAGCCCUAGAGAUUCUGAGGUUUGAAAAGAUGUUAGAGUGGGAGGAAUGGGUUUGUCGUGAAAUUGAAUUCCCUUGUUUGAAGGAGCUUUAUAUCAAGAUAUGUCCAAAGCUGAAAAAGGAUUUACCCAAACACCUUCCUAAAUUAACAAAACUUGAGAUUAGAGAAUGCAAGCAGCUGGUGUGCUGUCUUCCAAUGGCUCCCUCCAUUCGUGAAUUGAUGUUGGUGGAAUGUGAUGAUGUGGUCGUUAGGAGUGCGGGCAGUCUCACCUCAUUGGCUUCCUUGGAUAUACGCAAUGUUUGUAAAAUACCAGAUGAAUUAGGACAACUGAAUUCUCUUGUAAAGUUGUCUGUGUAUCGUUGUCCCGAGCUAAAGGAAAUGCCACCCAUUCUUCACAACUUGACAUCUCUUAAACACUUGGAUAUCCGGUUCUGUGACAGUCUUUUGUCUUGUUCGGAGAUGGGGCUACCACCAAUGCUUGAAAGGCUUCAAAUUGUUCACUGUCCCAUUCUGAAGUCCCUAUCAGAGGGAAUGAUACAAAAUAAUACUACUCUCCAACAAUUGUACAUCUCGUGCUGUAAAAAAUUGGAGUUAUCAUUGCCUGAGGAUAUGACGCACAACCACUACGCUUUCCUUACUCAAUUAAAUAUAUUUGAAAUUUGUGAUUCUCUCACGUCCUUUCCUUUAGCUUUCUUCACAAAGCUUGAGUAUCUUCAUAUCACAAAUUGUGGAAAUCUGGAGUCCCUUUACAUUCCAGAUGGACUUCACCACGUGGAACUCACAUCUCUCCAGUCAUUGGAAAUAUCUAAUUGCCCUAAUCUGGUAUCUUUUCCACGAGGAGGAUUGCCCACUCCCAAUUUAAGAAGGCUUUCGAUAGAGAGUUGCAAGAAGCUCAAGUCACUGCCCCAAGGGAUGCACGCCCUCCUUACAUCCCUUGAAUAUUUGCAUAUAUCUAGUUGUCCAGAAAUUGAUUCAUUUCCAGAAGGAGGUUUGCCCACUAAUUUAUCUGACCUUCACAUCGGGAAUUGCAACAAACUCUUGGCUUGUCGGAUGGAGUGGGGCUUGCAAACGCUACCCUUUCUUAGAACGUUGGAGAUUGAAGGAUAUGAGAAAGAAAGAUUUCCCGAGGAGCGAUUUCUGCCCUCCACUCUCACCUUCCUUCAAAUUAGGGGUUUUCCAAAUCUGAAAUCCCUGGACAAUAAGGGGCUUCAGCACCUCACCUCUCUUGAAACCCUGGAGAUUUGGAAAUGUGGAAAGCUCAAGUCCUUCCCAAAACAAGGGCUGCCCUCCUCCCUUUCUCGUCUUUAUAUUAGAAGGUGUCCUCUGCUGAAGAAACGGUGCCAAAGGGAUGAAGGGAAAGAAUGGCCCAACAUUUCUCACAUCCCCUGCAUAGUGUUCGACAGAUACGAUAAGAAAAAUAAGGAGGUGAUCUUAUCAUGAGGCCCUUCCAUUGAAGCUCUUGCUCUCCUCUGCAUUUAUUGGCCCAGGAAUUGCAACAAACUCGUGGCCAAUCGGAUGGAGUGGGGCUUGCAAACGCUUCCCUUUCUUAGAACGUUGGGGAUUGAGGGAUGUGAGAAAGAACGAUUUCCGAGGAGCGAUUUCUGCCCUCCACUCUCACCUCCCUUGAAAUUAGGGGUUUUCCAAAUCUGAAAUUCCUGGACAAUAAGGGGCUUCAGCAUCUCACCUCUCUUGAAACUCUGGAGAUUAGGAAAUGUGGAAACCUCAAGUCCUUCCCAAAACAGGGGCUGCCCUCCUUCCUUUCUCGUCUUGAUAUUGAUGAUUGUCCUCUGCUGAGGAAACGAUGCCAAAGGGAUAAAGGGAAAGAAUGGCCCAAGAUUUCUCACAUCCCCUGCAUAACAUACGAUUGGGAAGAUGAGGUGAUUUUAUCAUGAAGGCCUUCGAUCCAAGCUCUUGCUCUUCUCUGCGUUUAUUAGCCCAGGAGUAUCUACUAUCAUCUUAUUGAUGGAGGAAGGUUGUCCACCAGAAUUGUCAGUUUACUUGAUUCACUACUUGGUUUUUGCAAGCACAUCAAAAUGUAGGGAACAAAUGGAAAAAUCUACAUGGUAAAGCCCAUGUAGACAAAUCAUUCCUUCCCAGACAUUACGAUUUAGAUUCUUCUGAUAUGUCAAAGGAUUCAACAAAUAUAUUCAUAGAUUCUAAUUAGGUACCAUUCUUCUUCUAUCGUUCUAUUUUUUGAAGGUGUAAUUUAUUUUCUUUAGCAAUAAUUCACAUUAUGAGAUAAUUUCUACCUUGCAAAGAAUCGAUUUGACUCCCCAAUGUUAAUACAUGAUGUUUAACUAAGAGAACAUCAAAUUUGAUUGAUGUUGAUGUUUGCUUUCAACAAUGCUUGAAAUUUGCUAGGAUAGCCUAAGGUGACUCAACAUGGAGUUUAAGAUCAUAGAAAUAGGAUAAGGCAGGGCCUUGAGAAACAUAAACAAAACAUGAUGACUGAAAUUUUUUAUGGAUUUUGCAAAAUUUUUAUGAUUACCAUUUUCUUUGUUACUUUAGACUUUGUGUUCUCAACUAGUAUUUGUAGGUUUUAUGGUGUGACCUUUUAACAAACUUCUCAUUUUUGAAACCACUAUGCGUCUAAAGCAUCCGACUAAUAUCAUUGGUAGAGAAAGAUUGUGCACUUUUUGAUAUCUGCAUGUAUGAUGCCACAAAGGGAGCAAAAUUUUCCUACCCGAUGGUGGACAUGUGGGCACAUCAUCCAUAAGAGAAUGUUUUGAAAAAGUUUAGAUAGAAUGGAGUGUUUUGGAAAAUGUAUUAGCAGCUGCAAGGUACCUUGCCCUCAAUUAGGGGCCACACCUGAACGUGGAUUCAAAUGCUCUGAAUCUCAUAAUGUGAGGACAACAUCUAGUUUGUUGUUGUUCUUGUCAAGAGAUUGUUUUUCACUGCUCAAGAUUUCAAUCUUAGGCAUUUCUGAUCACUGCUACCAGUCCAGAAUCCUGAAGGCAAUGUCAUUGCAUUGAUUCCAUGAUCUUGCUCCAAACAAAAGUUUAGUACUCUGCUUAAGGAUUGCCAUUGCGGCUGCUCCAUUCCUUGAAAGGCAUGUUUAUGUAAACAAAAGCACUGUCCAUUUGUUGUUUUAGACUCAAUAAUUAUGUAAAAGGCUGAACUAUCGUGUUAUAUCCAACGAAAAAUGAUGAACUGUUAGAAUCAUCAUGAAAAAAGCAGAGGAUCCUUUUGCUUACGCAUUCAACACAUAUUUUUGCUUAUAUUUUUCAAAUUUCCAAUCAUUGAGUAUAAGCUAAUGAAUCAAAGAACAAGUAAAAAAGUUCUUGUUGUUGAGAUUCUAAGUGAAUAGAAAUGGUUCAUGUGCUUGAUGAACUAAAGGAAGUUGUUGCACCUAGGUCUGGGUUAAACCAUAAAAAAUAUAGUUGCAAAGCCUACUGUAUAUUUCACCAACUAUUUAUGGAAUAAAACAUUUUCAAUUUCACAUUAUGAUACCUGAUUAGACAACUUUGAGAAAUGAUAGGCUGCUCGGUCUUUUUAAAGUACGGUACAGAGGUUAAUCAAAUGCAUUUUGUUCCAUUGUUGUCUGCAUUUGAUGUUCACGGUAUCUAUGAUAGUGUUCUCUAUUAUUAUGCAUUUUGCCAUCUCUUGUCUUAAUAGAAUCACUUUUUCCAUUUCAAUAACAACACUUAGAUUGCUUUACAUUCCGAAUAUUUUAAGUCAUCCUCGCUUCUGUUACAUUUAUCAGUUUCCCUAUGAAAUUGUUUUUAAACUCCUAGUAUGAAAUUAAGAUUAAUAUAAACUCCAAAAUUGAACAGCUCUGUUUAACUUUAAUGAAGUAUUCAACUAAGUACUGCUGGAUAAAGAAGAUUUAAUUGUUACAUCAGUUUCUUCUAUAUGUGUUAGCUGUUUAAACAUGUCUCCCACUUUAUGUUAUUCUGCUUCUACACCGGGCAUCAUUGAAGCAUUUUAAAAAGGGUACUGUACUUGUACCUGCAUAACUGCCACAUGAGGGAUAUUUGAAGGAGACACCAUUGGAGCAUGUCAAGGUGGAUUCUACUGAUGUCAACCAUAAAUGACAGGUCCUAAACAUUGGGAAUUUCAAUGCAAUAAAAAGGUAUGAAAAUUGGAUAGCUUCUAUGCCUUUCACAAAUGCACUUUUAUACUAAAACCUGUCUAAGAGAGGAAAUUAAAUCAAUCCCUACCCUACAAUUUAGUUUUGAGUUUUUUGUUUUUUGAUUUUUGGAAACAUGUGGAUGCAUUUACACAUGCCUGAUCCUAGGAUGGAGAUUCUGAUCAAGAUUUGCUGGUUAGACUAUAAUGUGGAAUCAUGAGGACAUGGAAUUAAAUAGAGACAAUAAGCAAUUAAUCCACUUUCCCAUUCUUCUCUCUUCAAUAGGUCUUGGACAUGCCAUUCUGUAUAGGAAGAGCUUAAUCUGCAUUUGAAAAAGGUACUUGAACCAAAGUAGCAGCCAUUGCAAAGACAUUUGAUGGAGGCUUCAUUGGAGCAUGUCAGAUGGUUAAUGAGCCUUUCUCAAGUCAACAUUAAAUGGUAGGUUCUAAACUUUGGAAUUUCAAUACAAUAAAAAGGAUGUUGACCAACAAGAUUGCUUGUGGGAAGGUGACGUCGAAUCACAAAUAAGUGAAAUGAUAUGGAAGGGAUAUGCAAUUGAUACCCGUCCCUAUUCUGCUCACUUGAAUGUGACUCAAGUACAUCAUUAUGCAUGUCUUCGGCUAACAGUAUUCAGACAGAUUUCUGCCACCUUCAACUAUGGUCUUCUGUCACCAUAUAACCACGUGUUGAUGUUCAUCCUAAUAACUUAAUUCUCAUGCCCUAACUUGAAGAAAUGAUGGACAACCAAAUAUGAGAAAUGAGGAAAAAUUAAAAGAGAAGCUAUUAAAUUUGGAAAAACAGAGUAUUGCUGUUUGAAGUAGACUGAAAUGUGCAAGGAUUUGUCAUUGAUGUAGGCUUCUACUAUAACCACUAUAGUUUUCCAUGUUAAUAGAGUUUCAUGCUGGCUCCUUGCUACAAUGGAACUACAAUGUCCUCCAUGCACCUUUCAGUAGCUCUUAAGGUUGUAAAUAUGGCUCUGUAUACGGAUGCUUGUUCAUAUGAUGUAUGGAUCACGCAGUGAGUGGAGAAUUGGUUCUCAUAGUUGCUGCAAAUUUGGUGCAGAAUCACAAGCACUCAGACUAACUGAAUGACUAGGCAUCAGAACAAGCUAUCAGUAUUUUUUUUUCUCCAUUGAAUAGAUGGGAUUAAAACAUGGGCAAUUGUGGAAAGGAAGGAACCGUCUUCUUCAUUAUUGAUUCAUAUAUCAACUAAAAUGGCAACAUUUGCAGUUGUUGGAAACCUCCAUGGGAACAGUCUUAGGUCUUUUAAUUUUGAAUACAUGAAACAGUUUUCCCAAUAUAUGUUGUUCUUUCUAUUCUCCCCUGGGAGUGUUUUAUGAUGAGAUAUUAUUGAAGUUGUACUAUUUCUAUAGUUCAGCAUGAUAGGGGGCUAUUCAAUAUCUUCUAGUCAUUCAGUUUUAUUGAUAUGAUUCCAAAUCUUAAGAAUUAUUGCAUUUUGAAUAGUAAUGAUCUUCUUUUAACUA